GCCGCCAGUCGCCGCGAUCUUCUCCUCGCGUCUGGGGCGUUAUCGUCACCAUGUCCCUAAUGGCCUCGGCGGGCCGGGGCCUGGGGGCCGUGUGGUCCCCAACCCACGUGCAGGUGACGGUGCUGCAGGCGCGGGGCCUGCGGGCCAAGGGCCCCGGGGGCACGAGCGACGCGUACGCGGUGAUCCAGGUGGGCAAGGAGAAGUACGCCACCUCGGUGUCGGAGCGCAGCCUGGGCGCGCCUGUGUGGCGCGAGGAGGCCACCUUCGAGCUGCCGCCGCUGCUGUCCUCCGGGCCCGCGGCCGCCGCCACCCUGCAGCUCACCGUGCUGCACCGCGCGCUGCUCGGCCUCGACAAGUUCCUGGGCCGCGCCGAGGUGGACCUGCGGGAUCUGCACCGCGACCAGGGCCGCAGGAAGACGCAGUGGUAUAAGCUGAAAUCCAAACCAGGAAAGAAGGACAAGGAGCGAGGAGAAAUUGAGGUUGACAUUCAGUUUAUGAGAAACAACAUGACUGCCAGCAUGUUUGACCUUUCUAUGAAAGACAAGUCUCGGAAUCCAUUUGGAAAACUGAAGGACAAGAUCAAGGGGAAGAAUAAGGACAGCGGGUCAGACACCGCCUCAGCCAUCAUCCCUAGCACGACACCUUCGGUCGACAGUGAUGAUGAGUCUGUGGGCAAAGACAAGAAAAAGAAAUCGAAGAUCAAGACCUUAUUUUCCAAGUCGAAUUUGCAGAAGACGCCUCUUUCCCAGUCCAUGUCUGUCCUGCCGACUUCAAAGCCAGAAAAAGUGCUGCUUCGUCCCGGAGACUUUCAGUCCCAGUGGGAUGAAGACGACAAUGAGGACGAGUCCUCCUCAGCCUGGGAUGUCAUGUCUCACAAGAGAACAGCGAGUACAGAUCUUAAGCAACUGAACCAGGUCAACUUCACCCUUCCCAAGAAGGAAGGACUUUCCUUUCUUGGCGGCCUUCGGUCUAAGAACGAUGUCCUUUCCCGCUCUAAUGUCUGCAUCAAUGGGAACCAUGUUUACCUGGAGCAGCCAGAAGGCAAGGGUGAGACCAAGGACAGUAGCCCAUCCUCCUCCCCAUCCCCCAGGGGCUUCAGAAAGAAGCAUUUGUUCUCUUCUACGGAGAACCUGGCGGCUGGGUCUUGGAAGGAGCCUGCUGAAGGAGGUGGGCUGUCUUCUGACAGGCGGUUCUCCGAAUCUUCCACCAAGGACUCUUUGAAGUCUAUGACCCUGCCGUCCUACCGACCUGCCCCACUGGUCAGUGGGGACCUCAGGGAAAACAUGGCCCCCGCAAACUCGGAGGCCGCAAAAGAAGCCAAGGAGAGCAAGAAACCAGAGAGCAGGAGGUCCUCUUUGCUGUCUCUGGUGACGGGGAAGAAGGACGUGGCUAAGAGCAGUGAAGGUGAAAACCCUCUCACGGUCCUGGGGAGGGAGAAGGAAGGCAUGCUGACGGGGGUUAAGCCCGGGGAGGACGCGUCGGGGCCUGCUGAAGACCUUGUGAGAAGAUCCGAGACAGAUACCGCAGCUGUGGUCUCCAGACAGGGCAGCUCCCUGAACCCCUUUGAAGAUGUGCAGAUCACAGAACCAGAAGCUGAGCCGGAGUCCAAGUCUGAACCGAAACCUCCAAUUUCCUCUCAGAGGGCUCCCCAGACCAGAGCUGUCAAGCCCCGACUUCAUCCUGUGAAGCCAAUGAAUGCAACGACCACCAAGGUUGCUAACUCCAGCUUGGGAACUGCCACCAUCAUCAGUGAGAACUUGAACAACGAGGCCAUGAUGAAGAAAUACAGCCCCUCGGACCCUGCAUUUGCGUACGCACAGCUGACCCAUGAUGAGCUCAUCCAGCUGGUCCUCAAACAGAAGGAAACGAUAAGCAAGAAGGAGUUCCAGGUCCGAGAGCUGGAAGACUACAUUGACAACCUGCUUGUCAGAGUCAUGGAAGAAACCCCCAAUAUCCUCCGCAUCCCGACUCAGGUUGGCAAAAAAGCAGGAAAGAUGUAAAUCAGCAGGAAAAAAAAACCCCGAGAUGUUUUUGUGACUUCACCUUCACCUGCUCUAGGGGUCAAGGACUCGCCCUGCCUGAUAACCAGCCAGCAGGCUCCGAAUCACCGUCUCCCUCACAUGUUAUCUGGCAAGAGUGAAUUCUACCAAUGGAAGCCAGGUUGAUGAUUACAAUGAAUCUUUUACUAUACAUUCCCAGGGCUUUAUUUUUAAAUGCCACUGUGCCUUUAACUAGGUUGUAAAUAUUUUAUGCCCACCAGAGACGUGGUCAUAAGAUCUGAUCCUGAGCCGGAGAUUCAGAUGGCACAGGAGGUAUUCAUGUAUUUUAACCCUGGGGUUUUCUUUCUUUCAUACUGAGAUUUUUUUCAAUAUGUAUCCUCCAGCUCUUAAAGCUUACCUGAGAAAGCUUUACAUGAAAAAAGGACCGUGCCAUUGGUGCUGUGUUACAUACACAUACUUUCUUGGCUUUUGAGUAGCUCAGGUGUGGCUUUUGGCUGCAGAUGUUAAAUUUUGAUACCACGUAAACCUACCCAGCUUCUCAAACUUGGGUCUUGUGUUUUGAUGGGAGCAGGGGUGUUUAGAGUGAGCCUCUGAGUGUGCCUUUCGGAUUUCGAACAAGUGGCCUUUUCUAAACAUCAACUUCUACUACUCUCUAGCCUUAAAAUAUGUUCUGCUUAGAUCCAGGGCCCUUUUACUGGAGAUUGGAAAAGUAGAAUUCAGGAAUUGAAAGAAUUACUCUUUAUUCAAUAUGAGGAACUUGGUAAACGCCCCUCUUCUUAUGACAGCCAGGUUCCUGCUGGCUAGAUCAGCCUGUUCAGCGCUUUGCUUGGGUGGUCCACGCACUCGCUCAUACAGUUCUGGCAGGUGUGGAAUGAUGUCAAUAGGAUUGCUUGGCCUCUUCCCCCUGUGCCUUUGCUCGGUGCCCUGGUUUCCUCAGCAACACUCCUUGUGAGGGGCAGAGACAGGGUCCACCAACUCCCCAAGAUGAGGAAGCCCCUUCAGGCCAGGCGCAGUGGCUCAUGCCUGUAAUCCCAGCACCUUGCAAGGCCGAGGAGAGUGGAUCACUUGAGGUGAGGAGUUCGAGACCAACCUAACCAACAUGGCGAAACCCCGUCUCUACUAAAAAUACAAAAAUUAGCUUGGUGUGGUGGUGCGUGCCUGUAAUCCCGGCUACUUGGGAGGCUGAGGCAGAAGAAUCACUUGAACUUGGGAGAUGGAGGCUGCAGUGAGCCAAGAUCAUGCCACUGCACUCCAGCCUGGGCAAGAGGUUUUUUAAGACUCUUAAAGAGCCUAGGCAAUUUUUUUAAGAUUCCGUCUUAAAAAAAAAAUAGAAAGAAAAAAGCUCCUUCACUGUGCAGGGGACAGGAGACCACGGACUGGACCACAAAGGGAUUGAACUGCAUCUGCAUGUCUGUCCUUUGAACACACUUUCUCUGCCUGCCCAAAAGGAAACCCAAAUUAUCUCUGGGAUACUGGGGAAAUUGUAGUGAAGGGCUUAAUGUAGUUAAUAAAAGUGAAAAGUCAGUAGAAAACAGAAAUGCCUCAGCCUUCAAAUGGUUGCAUUUUUUUCCAUUUUCCCUCAUGAAUAGACUCACCAGUAUUUUACCCCCUUGUUAUAAAAUUGUGCAGAGCAAGAAGAUGAUACUUAUUUUUGAAUUUGUAUUUUUAAAACUAGAUUUAUAGACUUUUUUUUUUUUUUUUAACUAGGACACUUGCUUCCUUCUUAGCUAAAAGCACCAGUUCAGAUUUUUCAGGUAAUUUUGUUGUUACUCACUUAAGACUGGAAUUAGUAUGUUUCCGGUAUUGCUCAUUUUUUCUCCUGGCUAUGAUAGAAUCUCAUCUAACCUUGACAUCUCUCCUAGGGGAAGAAUGUCACAGGCCAAUAGCGUGGGCAGGGGUGGAGAUGCUAGCAGUUAUUGAAUCAAGAAUCACUUUUAUGUAUGUCCUUGUUACAAUGAGGUUAAAAGGCAAAAUCAUUGGCAGUGCAAUCCGUUUCCAGGAUUUUGUUUGCUGUGGCAUUGGUUGUAUCAGAGCACUUUAAUCUGAAGGAUGAUACUGUAACUUGAUUUAUCUAAUUAGCUUUUAAUUAUCUACAGCUAUUUUAUUUCUCUCCUACAGUACUGGGAUCACUGUAACACUGUAAACUUCUCAGAUGACUUGUAUUUUUGUAGUGUUAUGAAAUUUAUUUACAUACUUAUAAAGAAAACUGUAUAUUCACUUGAACUCUGAAAAUGUACAUGUAUGGCUGGACGCAGUGGCUCAUGCCUGUAAUCCCAGGAGACCGAGGCAGGUGAAUCACUUGAGGUCAGGAGUUCGAGACCAGCCUGGUCAACAUGGCAAAACCCCAUCUCUACUAAAAAUAUAGAAAUUAGCUGGGUGUGGUGGCAGCCACCUGUAAUCUCAGCUACUUGGGAGGCUGAGGCACAAGAAUCGCUUGAGCGAGGGAGGCGGAGGUUGCAGUGAGCCGAGAUCACACCAUUGUGCUCCAGCCUGGGCAACAGGUGAGAUUCUGUCUCAAAAAAAAAAAAAAAGAAAAAGAAAGAAAGGAAGUGUGCAUGUAUAUAUUUGUCCCGCAUUAUGUUUUUUACUUGAUAUAAAUGUAUUUUUACUGUGAUAGCCCAAAUGCUCUGGGGGCAGUUGUGCUCUGCGUGGUUCUUCUUCCAUUGGAGAGCUGGAGUAGAGACCUGCAGUGUUCAUAAGGAUGUUGGUUUGGAGAUGUCUGCUGCUAGGACCUGGGGUGUGUGACUCAGUCCAUAUGAGAGGGACAUCUGGGUGGAGGAGUGAAUUCCUGUGCUCUGAAAUGCCACUUGGGAGCUCUGGACAAUGAAGGACAAUUGACUCAAGGGUGCCUGGCUUCUGCUGCUGCUGAGAAAGAAUUCAAUUUAUAGCAUUUCUGCACCUCCCAAAGUAGAUAACCUGGAGAUGAUUCAGUCAACAACUGUCCCUGAGGACUCAGUUUUGGGGGAGGGGUUAUCUGGUAGAAGCUUUAGCCUGUUCUGAGCCAUUAGCAUACAUUAGUGAAUUGGAGCACUGGAGAAUCCUACAAAUGGACUGUAUCUCAGAAGAGGUGGGACCUCCUUCCAACUGCUGCAGAUGCUGACAGGCCCUGGGAGGCAGCUGUGCUCUGGAGAAGCUGGAGCAGCUCAUUCUUGGCCUAGCCUGGCUGCCUCAGAAAGAGCAGUUAGGACUUGAAGGAAGCAUCAAAUUCUAUACCCGUAAACUGCAGUUAGAGGUCAGCUUUUUGAAAUGUCCAGCAUUUGCCCGAUUGUUUCAGAUCAUCUCAUUCCUCAGGCUUUGGCAGGUAUCCUGCCCUCCGUCUUAUUCCAGUGUGUUCACCUCAUCAAGGCAGCAGAGUGGAUGAAGGAGCAAGCCUGCCCUUUGCCAUACUGAACAGCUGUGGGCCCCGAUUGGUGACGGCUCUGCACAUGCCUGUAUGAAGGAGAUACAGGUGUGUGUGCACGUGCCUGUAUGAAGAAGACACAGGCGUGUGCUUCGCAGUUUUGCUAACAGUGGGAGCUCAACGGGGCAGAGAGGGAGGAAGGUCCAUGAUGCUCAGCCGUAUACUGGAGAGGCAAUUUAAUGUUAAAUGACACGCCAUUCUUCCUUCCUGGGUCCCUUCUCCCAGUCAACUUUUUUCUUUUUCGAGAACUAAUAAUUAUCUCUCACAACUGAAAAAUUAAUUGCCUUAGGUAGAGAACUUAAUUCCUAGUAUCCACCAAACUUAACUCGGUGGUGUCUCCAUAUCUACUGUGUGAGCUACUUAACUGACGCCCCCUUCCUCCAACUGAAGGAUCGCCCAAUGUUUUUGGAUUAUAGAAUUAUUUCCCGCUUUCUUUCUUUGAGACUUUUGAAUUUCUUUGGUUUCAUUUUUAAGAAGUAACCCAACAUUUCCUACAACACUAAAUGAAAUGGUACUACCUUUCAAA